UCAUUUGUCAAAUGUCAAGUACGAGUUACAACUGUCCAGCUUCAUAAAAACGGAUCAAUACCGUCGCAAUACGAAUUAGUCGUCUUUUGUCCGCAGCUCUCUGUAGUAUUGAAGGCAGCGAGUGUCUGCCUAGUGCUGAGUUUUGUGUUAGUAAAGUAUUCCAAAGUAGCGAGGAGUGCGCGCUAUGUGGCAGGGAGUGGGGAGGCUGCCGCGGGCAGCACUGGCGGCAGCAAGCGCUUCGGUGACUCGGCCAAGCAGCCAGAGGCGGUGUUUAAUGAGCUGAUGCAGGAGUGCAAGUACAGUGCCCCUGGGGCGUGUCUCUCCGCUCGGCUGCGCACCUCGCUCGAGAGGAUGAGUCCGAGCGAGCGGCGCACGGUAUGCGACCGCAAACGCGACGGGUGUGCGCCGCUGUUCGUGGCGCGCAACGCGGAAACGUCGCGAGUACUCAUCCACGUGUGCGCGUGUGACGAGCAGCGCGGUGUGUACGAGGUCCCCGACGACCGCUCCGUGCACACCGUCACGCCGCUGUGGUGCGCCGCCGUCAGCGGACACCUGGAGGUGGUGCACGCGCUGGCAGAGGCCGGCGCCGACGUCAACGCCGCCAGCGACAGCGGCUCUACGCCCGUGCGCUCUGCGUGUUUCAUGACCCACCUGCCGGUGGUGAGGUUCCUUGUUCAACGCGGGGCCGACAUCCACCGCCCCAACCACAACGGCGGCACGUGCCUCAUCAACUCUGUGCAGUCGGUGCUCUUGUGCGCAUUUCUGCUGGAGCACGGCGCCGAGGUGGAUGCACGCGACACCCAGCUCAAGACGGUGUUACACUACGCGAUACAGGAACACCGCGUGGAGACCGCGCGGCUGCUGCUCGAUCACGGCGCCGAUCCUCACCUGUGUUCGCGCGCCGGCGACGACGCACUGCGCACCGCCUGUCUCAAGGGGCUUCGCAAAUCGUGCGGUUGCUGACGAGCCGCGUGCGCUACAGCCCCGAGCGGCUGGCGGACGCGUACGAGCUGCUGGG